CUAAAAUUUAAAAAAAGUGUCAUAGAACUAAUAAUAAUAAAUUUGAACAAGAAAGUGCCAUCAAAAAGUGAGAUAUAAAUCAUCUAUAAACUAAAGCUACGAUGAAUUCGGUGGUUAUAGUUAUCCUGUAAGCCAGUAAUUAAUUGGCUUUACCCAGAGUUAACCGGAAACCAGGACACCCACUGAGAGCCAGGCCAAGAUGUCGUCGGUUAAGGUGGCGGUGCGAGUGCGCCCCUUUAACUCGCGAGAAAUAAGCAGGGAGUCGAAAUGCAUCAUCGAGAUGAGCGGGGCCACAACGGCCAUUACCAACCCAAAAGUACCACCCAACACAAGUGAUUCGGUGAAGCGAUUCAACUUUGACUAUUCCUACUGGUCGCACGAUCACCACGAUGCCGACUUCUCCACACAAUCGAUGGUCUACAAGGACAUUGGAGAGGAGAUGCUGCAACAUUCCUUCGAUGGCUACAAUGUCUGCAUCUUUGCCUAUGGACAGACUGGAGCUGGCAAAUCUUACACCAUGAUGGGCAGGCAGGAGGAGCAGCAGGAGGGCAUUAUACCCAUGAUAUGCAAGGAUCUAUUCAAUCGCAUACAAGAAACUGAGACAGAUGAACUCAAGUAUUCGGUUGAGGUCUCCUACAUGGAGAUCUACUGCGAAAGGGUUAGGGAUCUGCUGAAUCCCAAAAACAAGGGCAAUCUGCGUGUGAGGGAGCAUCCUUUGCUGGGUCCUUAUGUCGAGGAUCUUUCCAAAUUGGCCGUCACUGAUUACCAGGACAUACACGAUCUCAUAGAUGAGGGCAACAAGGCGCGAACUGUGGCCGCCACAAACAUGAACGAAACUAGUUCCCGUUCCCAUGCCGUUUUCACCAUAUUCUUUACUCAACGUCGCCAUGAUACCAUGACCGAUUUAACCACAGAAAAGGUCUCCAAGAUAAGCCUGGUGGAUUUGGCUGGAUCGGAGCGAGCGGAUUCAACUGGCGCCAAGGGAACACGGUUGAAGGAGGGAGCUAACAUCAACAAGUCCCUGACCACUUUGGGCAAAGUUAUCUCAGCUCUGGCAGAAGUUUCUGCAUCUAAGAAAAAGAAUGCCAAGAAGGCUGAUUUUAUUCCCUAUCGAGAUUCAGCUUUGACUUGGUUGCUGCGUGAAAAUCUGGGUGGCAAUUCCAAGACAGCCAUGAUAGCAGCUAUCUCGCCAGCAGAUAUUAACUACGACGAAACUCUUAGCACUUUGCGCUAUGCGGAUCGUGCCAAGCAAAUCGUGUGCAAGGCCGUGGUCAACGAGGAUGCCAAUGCCAAGCUUAUACGCGAACUCAAGGAGGAGAUCCAAAAGCUGCGGGAUUUGCUCAAGGCCGAGGGUAUUGAGGUGCAGGAAGGACCCGAUGGCAAGGUGGUGUGUGAGAAGCGCGAUGCGAAUAAGGAUGAGAUCACCAAGUCUACGGUGAUUAAGUCACCUAGCAAGUCUCGCAAUCGUAAUGGAUCCACCACGGAAAUGGCUGUGGAUCAGCUGCAGGCCAGCGAGAAACUCAUUGCAGAACUCAAUGAGACUUGGGAGGAGAAACUCAAGCGUACCGAGGAGAUUCGCCUUCAGCGGGAGGCUGUCUUCGCUGAGAUGGGCGUCGCCGUCAAGGAGGAUGGCAUCACAGUCGGUGUAUUUUCACCCAAGAAGACCCCGCAUCUGGUCAAUCUUAACGAAGAUCCCAAUCUCUCCGAGUGUUUGCUCUACUACAUCAAGGAUGGCUUGACCCGUCUGGGUACCCAUGAGGCCAAUCUUCCGCAGGAUAUUCAGCUCUCGGGAUCGCACAUCCUCAAGGAGCAUUGCACCUUUGAGAACCGAAACAGCACGGUGACCCUGCUGCCGCACAAGGAUGCCAUUAUCUAUGUCAAUGGACGCAAGCUGGUCGAACCGGAGGUUCUCAAGACCGGUUCCCGUGUAACUGGGAAGAAUCACGUAUUCCGCUUCACGAAUCCAGAGCAGGCCCGUGAGCUGCGCGAGAAGAUCGAGGAGGAGAACGAGGCGGAGAACGAGGUGGAGAAGGCGGACACCCAGCAGGUGGACUGGAACUUUGCCCAGUGCGAGUUGCUCGAGAAGCAGGGCAUCGAUCUGAAGGCCGAGAUGAAGAAGCGUCUGGAUAACCUUGAGGAGCAGUACAAGCGCGAGAAGCUCCAGGCCGAUCAGCAGUUCGAGGAGCAGCGCAAGACCUACGAGGCACGCAUAGAUGCCUUGCAGAAGCAAGUGGAGGAGCAAUCCAUGACCAUGUCGAUGUACAGCAGCUACUCGCCAGAGGAUUUCCAUCAAGAGGAGGAUGUCUACACCAAUCCCAUGUACGAGUCCUGCUGGACAGCUCGGGAGGCUGGACUGGCUGCCUGGGCCUUCCGCAAGUGGCGUUACCACCAGUUUACAUCCUUGCGUGACGAUCUCUGGGGCAAUGCCAUCUUCCUCAAGGAAGCCAAUGCCAUUUCUGUAGAGCUCAAAAAGAAGGUGCAAUUCCAAUUCACUCUUUUGACCGACACCCUGUACUCUCCAUUGCCACCCGAGCUGGCCUCCACUGUGGCUCCUCUGCAUCAGGAGGAUGAGUUUGGAGCACCGCCCGUCUCCAAGACCUUGGUGGCUGUCGAGGUUACCGAUACCAAGAACGGAGCCACCCACUACUGGUCCCUGGAGAAGUUACGGCAACGCUUGGAGCUGAUGCGCGAGAUGUACCACAACGAGGCCGAGAUGAGUCCCACAUCGCCGGACUAUAAUGUAGAGAGCCUCACUGGCGGCGAUCCCUUCUAUGAUCGGUUCCCCUGGUUCCGCAUGGUGGGUCGAUCCUUCAUCUACCUGAGCAACCUGCUCUAUCCGGUGCCCUUGGUCCACAAAGUAGCCAUUGUGAACGAGCGAGGAGAUGUUCGUGGCUACCUAAGGAUUGCUGUGCAGCCAGUUCUGGACGAGGAGUCCAUUGACUUUAAUAAUGGAGUGAAGCAAUCAGCACGGUUGGUCUUUAAUGAGGACGAUGCCAAGCCCAAGUAUCGAGCUCUCAACGAGAAGGAUGAUGUGCAGCGGUAUAUCGAUAAUGGUGGUCUGGACAGCAAGCUGGAGGAACUUGAGGAUGUAGAUUCUGGUCGCGGCAUUGACUCCAAUUCCGCUUCCGAGUGCCAUGAGAAUGCCGAGGAACCCGGUGAGCAUUUGCAGGUGGGCAAGGAAUUCACCUUCCGUGUCACCGUUCUUCAGGCCACCGGCAUUGGAGCCGAGUACGCUGAUAUAUUCUGUCAGUUCAACUUCUUGCAUCGUCACGAGGAGGCUUUCUCUACAGAACCCGUCAAGAACUCAGCUUCGGGUGCUCCUUUGGGCUUCUACCAUGUGCAGAAUAUAACUGUACCUGUGACCAAAUCAUUCAUUGAGUACUUGAAGACCCAACUUAUGUUCAAGAUCUUUGGUCACUACCAGACACACCCCUUGCACAAGGAUGCCAAGCAGGAAUUCGUUUCCCGGCCACCGCCACGUCGUAUGCUGCCACCGAGUAUACCCAUUAGCCAACCGGUGCGCAGUCCCAAGUUUGGACCCCUACCAUGUGCGCCUACGUCCACGGUGUUGGCCAAGCACGAUGUUCUCGUUUGGUUUGAGAUCUGUGAGCUGGCGCCCAAUGGGGAAUAUGUGCCAUCGGUGGUAGAGCACAGCGAUGAUCUUCCCUGCCGUGGCCUGUUCCUGCUGCAUCAGGGCAUCCAGCGGCGCAUUCGCAUUACUAUCGUUCAUGAGCCUACAGCCGAGGUGAAGUGGAAGGAUAUCAAUGAGCUGGUUGUGGGACGUAUACGGAAUACUCCGGAAUCAUCCGAUGAGCAGGAUGAGGAUGCCUGCGUGCUGUCGCUGGGCCUGUUCCCCGGCGAAGUGCUAGAGGUACCCGGCGAUGAUCGCUCCUUCUACCGUUUCGAGGCUGCCUGGGACUCGAGUCUGCACAACUCGGCGCUGCUUAAUCGCGUUUCCCAGGGCGGUGAGACCAUUUACAUCACUUUGAGCGCUUACUUGGAGUUGGAGAACUGCGCACGCCCGGCCAUAAUCACCAAGGACCUGAGCAUGGUCAUCUACGGCCGUGACGCUCGCACCGGUCCCCGAUCUCUGAAGCACCUGUUCUCCGGACAGUAUCGCAAUCCGGAGGCCAAUCGGCUCACUGGUGUCUAUGAGCUGGCACUGCGCAGAGCAUCCGAAGCAGGUAGUCCAGGUGUACAGAGGCGUCAGCGUCGCGUGUUGGACACCAGUUCCACCUAUGUGCGUGGUGAGGAGAAUCUGCAUGGCUGGCGGCCAAGGGGUGACUCCCUGAUCUUCGACCAUCAGUGGGAGCUGGAGAAGCUCACCCGGCUAGAGGAGGUGGGCCGCAUGAGGCAUCUCCUUCUGCUGCGCGAACGCCUGGGCAUGGACACCAAUCCCAAUCCGACCACCAAGACCGAGAAGGAUGUAUGCAACCUGGCUGCUCGGGCAGCUACCUCGCCCGUACACAUGGUCAUUCCACAGUCUCCGCAGACUCCGGUCAAGGAUCCGCAGCAAAUCAUUCCAGAGCGCGAGUACAACCAGCGAGAGCAGGAUCUCAUGCUCAAGUGCUUGAAGCUGGUGCAGGGACGCUACACCAAGAGCGAGGCCAGCGACACGCAGACCCAGUCGGAUGUGUCACCCAGCGAUGAGGGAUGUGCCGACAUGACCGUCAGCUGCAUUUCCAGCAAUUCAAUGGAAAACAACAAAUUUGUAAUUCGACGCAGAUUAUGUUCGCCGGAUCGUGCGGAUGCACCGAACGGCUGGGAGGCCCCGGCUCCGGCCACACAGCCGGCCCUGCCGCUACGUCUCUAUGUGCCCGAACUGGAGGAGAUACGCGUCAGUCCUGUGGUGGCCCGCAAGGGUCUGUUGAACGUCCUGGAGCAUGGCGGUUCUGGCUGGAAGAAGCGCUGGGUGAUUGUUCGUCGCCCGUAUGUGUUUAUCUACCGAUCGGAGAAGGACCCCGUUGAGCGGGCUGUCCUGAAUCUGGCCACCGCUCAGGUGGAGUGCAGUGAGGACCAGGCAGCCAUGGUCAAGAUACCCAACACAUUCAGUGUGGUGACCAAGCAUCGUGGCUAUUUGCUACAGACCCUUGGCGACAAGGAGGUGCAUGACUGGCUGUAUGCCAUUAACCCCCUGCUGGCCGGGCAGAUCAAAUCCCGCUUGGCGCGUCGAACCUUGGAGCCGGCCAGCCAGACGGCCUCUCAGAUCCAGGCCACCAGUGCGGCGAAUGCCAACAGUGCGAACAAAUGAGAUACGAUCACGAUGGAAUCCGUUUUGGUUUACUGAGACGCAGGCUAUGGCUGGCUGCAGCGCCUGAGCAUCGCCCGACGGUUGGUCAGGCGGAGAUCGCAGCGGCUGGCAACUGAUUGAGGUUAUAGCUUGGAUUCCAUCGGAGAAGUAGGAUAUAGAAUAUAAUGAAAUCGAAUGAUCAAUGGUCAGACAUGAUAAUUAUGGGAGGAAAGAAACCAAAUGCAAAGCGUACGUAAUUAUUAAGUAGUUCAACAACAACAGCAUCCAUGAAUGUAUGGACUUAUGGAUCAUUAUUAUGUAUUAUGUAUUUCGUGAUUAGUUGCAGCUCGAAUCAGAUACGGAUAGCCUACUUUUUAGAACCCGUCUUAUGGUUCAGUUCUUGGACAAUUCUGUAAAUAGCCUUUGUUGGAUUCGAUUGUAUAAAUAUUUGGUAUUUAGUUAGAGGAUCGUUUUUAGUUUGAGUUCCCAGCGUGAUAUUAUGUUGAUCAGUUUAGAUUGUAUUGGAUUCCCUUCUCAAAUAUAUCAUAUGUAUGCGACAAUUAUUGAUGAUGCUUGAGACACACACGUAUAUGCAUUUUAAAGGAGCAACUAAAGCAAAAACAGAUAUACAUAUAUAUAUAAAGAAUUAAUGUAUAAAUCCCUAUAUAUUUGCUGUUUAUACACAAAUUUUCAAAUACUUGUAUCUUGUAUUGUUUAACCGACAAAAAGAGGAGCAGGCAGGAGACAGCCAGAGAUGAUUAACGAAAACCAAAUAUGUAUGUGUGUGUGUGUUAAAGAAAGACCGUACAGUAUAUAGGAUAUAGCUCAGCAGAAUUGCGAAAUCUCUAUAAAGAUAACGAUUAUUGUUAGAUCUAUAUAUAUAUAAAAUAUAUAUACACGAAAGCAACCAGAACUAUAUGCGAAUGAAACUAUUUUACACACCAGAGUUACGAACGCUGCUAUAGGAACAGUUGUUGCCCUUCCCCACGCCCCACAUUGUCGACUGUUGUUGACGGCUUUUAAGGCUUUCCCCCACAAAAGUUUCGCUUCUCUUACAAUGCUCCCACUCGGAACCACCUGCAAAAGCUUCAAGCAAGAACACAACGUUACGGAACAACCAAUUGUAGUUUUGAUAAGAAUCUUAAAUUAUAGUAUGCAAUGGCCACCUGUACAUUUCCCAAGAACUAAAACUGAAUCUUUGCUUUUGCUUUACCUCAGUCAAUGAAGGGUUUUGACAUUUCAUUUGCGUUUUGCCUUCGGUUGGAGCACGAGCUUAGGUCAGGUUAAUGGAUCAAAUUAUUGGGGGAGACAAUGGAGCUUCGCUUGUGCCCGGAUCACAAGUCCCGAAGCUCCCCGAGUUGUUGAUGGGAUCACUUUCGUCCGUAUCCGUUACGGAAAUGGAAUGUUAAGUGAUCGGUUGGCAGAAUAUUGGAUAUAGAGUCGGCGUUUUUGGGUUUGAGUUUAUUGUAGCAAAAUGUAAACAUUUGUUAAACUAUUGAAUUAAUUUCGAAUUGUAACAUAUUAGAGAAUUGUAAUUACAAUAAUCAUUAUACGAGCAUUAUAUAUUAUCUGA